AUGGCGGAGCCGGCGCUGCUGCGGGAGUACGUGUCGGCACUGGCGGCCCGCGCGGCGCAGGGACAGCCCGCGGCCUGUGCCGACCCUGCGCUCAAGGCCCGGGCGCGGCGGCUGCUGGGCCCAGGGCGCCGCGGGGCCCUGGACGUGCGCGGCGUGGCCGAGCGCUGCCGGCGGGCGCAGGGCGGCCGCGCCCUGCGCGACCUGCUCAAGGCGCUGGAGCUGCUGGAGCUGCUCUGCGUCAACCUCCUGCUGUGCCCCUGGCGCCGGGAGAUCCGCUCCCUCAAGUGCCUGCAGCUGCCCCACCUCGAGAAGGAACAGAAGACCUUCACUGGGAAUUUUGUCUACUACAUCCAGCCAGUGCUGCCAGAGGACAUUGUGAAAGCAGUCCUGGAGAAAAUAGGUUAUGUUGCAACUACACCAACAGAGUUUUCACUUGUCAAAAAGAGAAACAAUGAGGAGACAAAGCAGACUGCAUUUGAGAUAUUCCUGGCAAGAAUCGAGUGUGAAGCCAUCCUUGAGAUGACAAAUGAAGAAACACAUGGCAAUUUGGAGAAGAGCCUGCAGCAGGGCACACAGACACAUCGGCAUCGAGGAGAGGAGGAUGAGGAACAUCAGACACCCCAGAGAGGAGACACUGAAAGCCUGGGAAAUGAAGGGAGCAGUGAGACACCUUUGUACCUUGUCCCCCAGCAGAAGCGUUCAGCUACCUGUGCUGCAUCCUUUGAAGCUGCUGGGAAUGCAAGGAUCAAAGGGGACGUGGCUCAGUCAGCAGCUGCUGCGUCCCCUGGCAGCCUCCAGGCGCAUCUCCCGGGCAAGGGCUCAGACAGCGAGGACUUCCUGAUCAAAUACAGUGACAUAGUCAUAGCACAAACACCAAUCUUCAGUGAGAGUCUCUCUCCAAAGGCUUUGGAAAAGGAGCCAAGAGCCAGGCUGAGUGAGGAGUGUGCCUUGGCAGGGGCUGCAGAGUUGGCUGCACGAGCCCUGGGGCCUGCGCCUCUGUCCCCGGGACCCAGCGGCCCCCCAGCCUUUGCCAUGUUUGCUGACAGCUCCUGUGACAGCAAAACCACCUUGGAGUUUGAAGCUCCAGGAGUCCCAGAAGGAUCAAUUGAAGCAGAAAUUAAUGAUGCCAUAAAUUGCAUAGACCCAGCCCCUGGUGAUGAACCCUUUGAGCUGAAGUCUCUGCCCUACAGGGACUUUUCCUCUGUGCAAAACUGCUGCGUCCCCAGGGAAGAGGACGUUUGCAAGAUGUCUUUAACCUUCACAGAACUACAAAUGAAGGAUGCUCAGGAAGAACUUAUGUAUCCAGUAGAGGAAAGUGGCCAGCCUGAGGCAGUGGCCUAUGCAGAAGGAAGUGACAGGCACAUUAAAGAAUUGAAUCACUCCCAAAUAAAACAUACAUACCUGACUGAUGCUGAGCUGCACAAGAGAGCGUCGUCACACCCUGAGCCACCUUCAGCUCUGUGCUGUACUGCUGGGCACACAGAGGAUUCCACAGCUGCUUCUGGCAGCCAGAGACUGUUCAUGGAUCCUGCUAAGGGACACCCAGCUUCUGAGUGCUUCAGGCAUAUCAGAGAGCCCCCCAACCUCACUUACAUCCCCCCCAAAAGCAUUGAUGUGCCGCCCUCACACGGGAGCAGGAGGAGCCUGGUGCAGCCUGCAGGUGACUCUGCUGGAGGCAGGGAAGGGAAGCUGGAGCACUGCAAUUCCCAAGAGACUGACAGCCAGGAGCCUUAUGUCAUCAUUGACAGAACCGAGCAGGCAGUGCUGUGCCAUCACACCUGAGUCCAUAGUGCUUUAUCUGUCAUGACCUGGGGGGGAUUGUCCUCUCAUCUGUGGCCUUGAUUCUGUUGUCAGGGAGAUGAUUAGCUUUGUCACAACAGUUCUAAAACCCAAACCACAUCACUGCUUUGGGACAGUAAAUAGCAGGAGUUACACAAAUUCCUAAUGGUUCCUCUCACAAGGAAACCUGAAUGGUCACCUUUUUAAAGGGUAGGCAAACUUCUAUAAAUUUAAAUCCAUUUAAUUCAUCAGUCAGAUUCCUUCUGUCUGUUCUUAAUGCCAGACAAGUUUCUUCAGCUGGGCACAUCCUACUUCUCUUUUUUCCCUUCACAGACCUAUUACUGGAAUACUCUUCCAGUACAAGGUAAAUUCUUCUAAACUGGAAGAAGUUUAGAAAUGCCAUACGGGACUGUGCUUCUCUUAACUCUCUGCAUUCCUUUGAAGCUGUCUGAGCUAAUCUUCCUCCUGACUUCAGUUGAAAACAGGUUUAGAAAGUUUGAUAACAUUCCCUUAGCUUUAAAGAGGGAAACAGCACUGUGCACACUUUGUUUUGUAGAGGGAUUAACCUGUGUUAUAGGUUUUAUAUCUUAUCAAUAUACAACCAUUUGUUACCAAAGUAUUUUGUGGCCACCACCACAAUUUCCAUGAGAAGCCUUGAGCACUGUAACUGUUCACUGCCACCAGCAGGGAGAGGUCCAGCUACAGCUGCCAUUUCCCUUGCCCCUGCUCCUGACACUUAAUUCUGCACAGAAUUUUUCUGCAGGCCAGUUGAUCUCACUAAAAUGAAGAGAAAAAAAGUCUCAUUCUUCACCAUUUUAAUGGCAGGAGAAAAAAUCUGCUCAGAAAAGCAUCCCAGUAAGCAGCAGAGGCAGGAUCAGGGAUAUCCUGCAUGUGGGAGUGCUGUGUGGAAAGCUCAGGAGUGUUGAAUCAGCUGGAAGCUAGGGUCCCAGCACUGAAAGCCUGUGUCACACACAGCUCUGGAUGAAUUUAGGAAAGCACACUGCUGCUGUGCUUAGGCACAGUCUCCAGUGCUUCUUUAUACAAAUACCUCCAGAGGGUGUCAGAGGGUGGUGCCCAGCAGCAGGACAAGGAGCAGUUUUCCUAAACUAAAACACAAAAAUAUUUCAUCCCAACAAGAGGAAGAAUUUGUUUUCCUGGAGGGGGCAGAGCCCUGGAGCAGAUGCCCGGGGAGGCUAUGG